CCGAUUAUAAUCGGUUUUCCUAUUUAUUGUGCCAUUACUACGUAUGUGUCUCCCGUAUUUCUAUUGUUUAUUGGACGGAUAUAAAAUGGCUGAGAUUAAAUCCCUUGAGCAUUGUACUCUCAAAGUUCCAUAUGAGGUUUUAAACAAAAAGUUUCGUGCUGCACAAAAGAAUCUUGAUCGUGAAUUGGAUCAGAUCCAAAAUGUAUCUAGGGAUGCUGAAAUAAUUUUAAGUAAAAAUCCUGUUUUGCCAUCAGUUAUUGAAGUCAAUAGACUUGUGGAAAGUGUUGUUCAGCGCCUUCAGAUACUAAAAAGGAAAUGUGAAGAAAGCUUUUUGGAUGAACUAAAUGCCGGGUUGGUUUGUAAACGCAAGUUGCACCACUUGAGGAUCGUAGCCCCCCCGGAUUCCCACAUUAGUUUGGAGGCCUGGCAGGCAUCAAUAGAUCAAUGGAAAAGGAUUCGAAUGGACCGCAUAGUAAUAGAACAUCUGCUGAGGAGGGGAUAUUACGAAACUGCUGAAUGCCUUGCACGCAAAUCUGAUAUCCGUAGUCUUACCAAUUUAGAUAUUUUUCAUACAUCAAGAGAAGUUGAGGAUGAUCUGUCAAAGCACAAGACUUUGAAAAGUAUGCUAUGGUGCAUGGACAAUAAAUCUAAGCUUAGAAAAAUUAAUUCGAAUAUGGAAUUCAGCUUACGUGUUCAAGAAUUUGUAGAACUAGUUCGGUGCGACAGUCGAGUGGAAGCAGUAAAACAUGCUAGGAAAUAUUUUCAAGCCUUCGAGAGAACACAACUCAAAGAAAUUUGCAAAUGUAUGGCUUUAUUAGCUUAUCAGCCAAACACGGAUACUCAGCCAUAUAAAGGCUUAUUUAGUGAACGUCGUUGGAAGGACCUCGUUCUGAACUUUCGAAAUGAAAAUUAUCGUAUAUUCCAGCUAUCAACACAGUCUUUACUAAGCGUCACAAUCCAAGCUGGCCUAUCAGCAUUAAAAACGCCACAAUGCUAUUCAUCAAAUUGUAAAAAUCUCCAUUGCCCCGUUUGUCAGGAGGAUUUCAAUCAGAUAGCAAAAAAGUUGCCGUACUCGCACUGUGUGCAAAGUCGCCUUAUUUGCCGGUAAGACUAGACU